AUGGCUAUGAUGGUCCCCCCCCAAAUGAAUCCAAAAUAUAAGACAUCGCUCUGCAAGCAUUGGACAACAACAGGAAAUUGCAGUAUUGGGUCUAGAUGUCAUUUUGCUCAUGGAGAAAGAGAAUUGCGUAAUCCUAAUGAUCCUUUACCAUAAUUACCAAGUCAAAACUUACAAGAUCCUAAGCUUCUGCAAGUGUAUUUCUCUGGCAGCUUGGGUAUUCACAAUUACAAAACAACAUUAUGCAAAUAUGCCAGCAACAACACUUGCAGAUAUUAAGAAAUGUGUCAUUAUGCCCAUUCUCCUGAAGAGAUGAUUCCAUUUGAAAAAGUUAGAAAUGUUACUACCCAAGUACUGAUUUCAAAUUACGUCUCUUUAAUCAAGAGUCAUUAUUUGUUGAAUAGUCAUUCAAUUCCCGGUUUUAAUAUCAAUUAAGAAUAAGUAGAAUUAGCACUUUAAAUGGAAUUCCAAAAAUUGAUAGUGGCACAAUAACUGAAAUUUGUUCUCAAUCAUCUAGAUAAAAUGGAUUACACAUAAUCAGAAUUGAGAUUAAAAUUAAAUACUGCUCAUGAAUUACUGAAUGCCAACAACUUUCCAGGUUGCAGCCAAACAAUAAGUGAUAUAAUAAAUAGACCAAAUGUGCCAACAGAUGAAAAGAAACAUUACCAAGAUAUCCUUUAUGAAAGUGCGUAAGAAGGCUAUAGAAUUGUGGAAGGAUAUUAAAGAUAAAUUUUUGAAUUCUAGUGCGAAUAGGCUUAAUAAUUACAGGAAACAUAUUAGAAGAGUGAAAAUCCAUAAACAUUAUUUGGAAAUGCACCAACUCUUCCUACCACAAGUAUUCCAGGAUAUAGGUUUUGA